AUGCAUGAAUCAGCUGGCCAACAGCUGACUGAAAUUUUAAUGAUACAACUGUAACACAAGUGUUUUUAAAACGACAGAAAACGGUAUCACAACAACCGAAAUAUACAAAUCCGGCGGGCUUAUUACAGCAUCCAAAGCGGUAUGAUGCUAAGAAAAUUGACCAAACUAACCACCUUAAAGGUAAGGUAUGAGCUGCGUCCUCUCUCCUCACUCACCCAACCGUCGCAAAACAUAUUCGACCGCAAUGCGAAGCGAUUGCAAAAGGAAAGGGCCGCCCUCAGCAAAGAUGUGGGACUGUUCGAUUACCUUAAGGAGGAGGUCGGUUUCCGCCUGGCCGACAGAGUGUUCGACAUCAAACGAGAGUUCAAGGCAGCGGCAGACAUAGGAUGCAGUCGUGGCUACCUGUCCAAACACAUUCUGGCGGAGAGCGUGGAGCACCUCACGCUGACGGACACCAGCUCCGCCAUGCUGGAGCAGGCGCAGGGCACUCCAGGCCUUAAAAUGUUGAAACUAGUCAAGGAUGAGGAAGAACUAGAUUUUGAGGAAAACUCCUUGGAUCUGGUCAUUUCCAGCUUAAGUCUGCACUGGGUAAAUGAUCUACCCGGCUGCUUUGCCAGGAUCAAGAGUAGCCUGAAACCGGAUGGAGUGUUCAUAGCCUGUAUGUUUGGCGGAGACACUCUUUACGAACUGCGCUCUUCUCUUCAACUAGCAGAGCUGGAACGCAAAGGUGGCAUAUCCCCGCACAUAUCGCCUUUUACCCAGAUCCGUGAUAUUGGAUCGCUGCUAAAUCGCGCCGGCUUCACCAUGCUGACCAUAGACACCGACGAACUGGUAAUCGGCUAUCCCAGCAUGUUCGAACUGAUGUGGGAUCUCAAGGGAAUGGCGGAGAACAAUGCGGCUUUUAAUCGGCCGGCCCAUCUGAGUCGGGAGACCAUGCUGGCGGCAAGUGCCAUCUACCAGGAGCUGUAUUCCAAGCCCGAUGAGAAGGGCAUACCUGCCACCUUCCAAAUCAUAUACUUUGUGGGUUGGAAACCAGGUCCCAACCAACCACAACCCCUGGAACGAGGAUCAGGGGACGUUUCCCUCAAGGAUCUGGGCUCCAUCAUUGAAAAGGGCGGCAAACUGGACACCAAGUCGGGCGAUUAGCUUAGCUUCAGUUGACAGUUUUAUUUUGAAACGUUUUUGAACAUAAUUUAAACUUAAUUUAACAUAAUUCCGUUUGCUGAGAAACUUAAGCUAGUGAUUCAUGUUCGUGUAAAGGUUAAUCAUGAAAUUAAUUAUAAAUACUUAAUUCA